AUGCUUUUUAAGCAAAAUCUUUUUUCUGCUUUAGCUAUUGCUGCUAUUGCAGUUGCGGCGGCUGCGGCGGCUAUAUUACGCAUUCUUACUUUCGAAGCUUCGCCCUUUCUUUUAGACCUUUUUAUUAAGCGCUUGCUUAUAUUAACGACCGUCAAGGCUUUGAAAUGCAUAAGGUGUAUUAAUAAUAAGAUUACAUCAAGGUUUAAUAAAGACUGCUAUAAUUGCGAUACGAGCGUUAUUCGCUAUCUCCGGUGUACUAAAGGUAGCUAUAGCAACUGCACCGCUGCUUUUGCCGUUAUUAACACCGCCUUCGAUAACUUCCUCGCUUUAAAUAUUGCUUUUUUAAGAAGUGCUGCUAAUGGUCCGGGCGGUCUAGCGAAUAGAAGUAAAGGUUUUAAAAGUAGUCUCGGUAGCUUUAUAAGUUUUGCUCUUGCUCUUAAGACCUUCAAUUUGAAUGUGGCCUUUAUUAAAUUGAAUAGUCUUGUAGUAGCGAACCGUAAUCCGAUGACGCGAAGCGCUUCGAGUAUAUUACCCUUUCCCCUUGCGCUUGCGCCAGCCGCCCUUGUUGCUCCCGUCGCCCCCGUCGCACUUAUUGUCGUCGCUCCUUUUGCGCUAAUCGUUGCGCUUGCCGCUCCCGCGGCGGCGCCCGCCGUUAUUAUAACUCUUGCGGAGCGCCGGGCUAAAGUAAAGAGAUUGCUAAAAGCUUUAGUCGAUCUUUUAUUAUAA